UUGUGUGGCUGUUAUAACGAACGAAGCGUACGCGACUUUGCAAGUCGGCAAUAAUCGGUUAUUUAAUUAACGAAUUAAUUAGCCGUGAGGAGGUAGAGAAAUAUAGAUGGUGUGUACCCGUCGCGUGUAGCAAUAGAAGGCUGAGCUGCAUGAGCGCGAACCGAGUCAAUAUUUGACCUGUGAGAUUCACGAUCGUUGUCGAACGUAGGCUGUGAGAUGACGAGAGAAUAUUUAUGAAAAUGUGCGGUUUAUUUAAACAAGAACACACACGUGCGCGCAUAAAUUCUUGCGUAUACAACAUACGUUAUUGCACGAAGCGCAAGAAGCCCAGCAAAAGUAGUCACUUUGAAUUCUCCGACGCCGAUGGACGUGAUUCUGCAUAAGAUUUAAGGAAAGCAAUAAAUUCAUGCCGCACGUCACGAAGCUAUAAUUAUUAAAAUAUGAAUAAAGAAAGAAUCUCUUUGCAUGAAGAAUAAAAUAGGUGUUGCCACAUUAUAUCUUCUGCUGAUGAACAUUUUUUAACGAUAAACAAGUGGAUGCGUACAAAUAGUUUUUUUCUAAUUGAUAAUUUGGAUAGUUCAGAGGAGGCAUUAUAUAAGAAGCAAUUAUGAAUUCAAAGCAAGCAGAAAUAUGGCUGGCGGUGUUGUAUACCGGAUCCAUGAUAUUUUCCGUUACAUCUGUUAUAUCUCUGGUGACCACAUGGCAGAAUUGGGUAGUGACAUUAGACGGUUGCAUCGAUGUUGAUUGCGGCUGUAUAUUAUAUGGUAUCAAUACAUUUCGCACAUUUCUCGGCGGUGAUGAGAAACUAUGCCACUUUGCCGCGUACGCUCUUACACCCAUCAUAGUAAUCAGCUUGUGUCUUGGGGCCUAUCAUGGAUACAGAUGCUGCAUACAUAAAAAUUUAGACGAGCCUAAACAAAUUAAUCAUGGACAAGUGUACAAUGACAGAAGAAAUCUUAAUGGGUAUGUUGUGAUCCAAGUAAAGAAGAGAGUUGCUUUUAAGUGGUGGAUGCCUUUCGGUUUCCUCGCAGCAUUUGUCUGCUGCCUGUCUCUCGCCCACGCGGUCGUGAUAACCGACGGCUACUAUAAAACUUGCGAACAAUAUAGACGAAAUCUCAUUCAACUCUUGGGUUCGAGAGGCCGCGAAAUUUUAGCGAUUCAUAAUAGGUUGUCGUGCGGCGCGAUUUUUGAUUUCAUGGAUUAUGUUCAGCCAGAUAAGAAUCACUGGAGUCGCACCGAGAUGAACACCGCGAUCGCGCUUCAACUCGCAAUAUAUACAAGCUGGCUCAAUUUCGCCGCUUGGAUAGUCGCGUGUUCUAUAAACUUCAUCAUGGCGAGGAAAAGGCAGCGCAAUUUAGGAGAAAAAUUUUGUUGCUGUUGAAUGACAUCUUUUAUAAAAUUAAUUAGUGGCAAACUCUUGACAGUAUUUUGGUAAAAUGUAAUAAAUAAGGAUGUCCUCUGAAAAAAUGUAACAGGACGCAGACGUAUAUGAUUGAUACUCAUGUUAAUAGUAUACAUUUUAUUUAUGUAUUUUAUACAGAGAUAUAGUGUUUUCAAUAACUAUUUUCUUCGUAUUUGUGCCUAAUAUCAAAAAAUUAAAGAUUCAUCUGCUCUGCCAUGGAAAAUAAUCACGUCCCUCUUUCAUAUUUUAUAUAAUCCCAUUCUCUUUAUACAUUUUUACACGAUUUUCAUUACUAUAUUAUACAUACACAUAUGCGCACACAUUGAAACUAUAUUUGUGAUCAUCCCAAGAAGUUUAAAAAUCCACACUGUUAAACUUAGUAUAAACGAGAGCACGUUAUUUCUUUCAUAUUAUUACCUUGCUGAAACACGAUAAUUAUAUUAUUAAUGAUAAAUGGUAAAGAAAAAUACAAUAACCUGUUAGUGCAGGCAGUGACACAAUUUAAAUAUAACUAAUAAAAUAUAUCCGUAAAACUUUCCGACACACAUAUUUAGGACAUUUAUUUUUUCCCUGCGAGACAUAUAUAUGAAAAAGAAUACGAAGAAGAAAGAACCUAUAACCAUACAAUAAAUAAAACAAUAUGUGAAAAUUUAAA